AUGGAUAUUCCCCCAGACCCUUUUAAUCUCGAAGAGAUUCAACAACAAUGGGAGUUGGAGGAAUCUUUACUCAAAAGGCAAAAAGAACUUCUCGAAGAGCUUCAAAGGCGAAACAAUCGAUCACGUAAAAGAAAUUCUAUAAAUAGGGACCAUGGAGCUGCCCAUCAGAGGCUCAUGGCCGACUAUUUCGAUGAGCCAUGCACUUAUACUGAAAUGCAAUUUAGACGUAGAUUUCGAAUGAGAAGGCAAUUGUUUCUCCGAAUUGUAGAAGCCGUAACAAAUUACAACCAUUACUUCACCCAAAGGCGGAAUAAUGCAGGAAAGCUUGGAUUGACACCGAUCCAGAAGUGUACAGUUGCCAUGCGCAUGCUUGCAUAUGGAGUAGCCGCGGAUGCCUGUGAUGAAUAUGUGAAAAUUGGAGAAACCACUACACUUGAGUGCACUCGUAUUUUUUGCGAAACAAUAAUUGUCUUGUUUCAAGAUGAAUACUUAAGACGACCAAAUGAGGAAGACUUGCAGAGGUUACUCCAAGUUGGACAAGAGCGCGGUUUUCCUGGAAUGAUUGGAAGUAUUGAUUGCAUGCACUGGGAGUGGAAGAAUUGUCCUAAGGCUUGGCAAGGACAGUUUACUAAUGGACACAAGGGCACAGCAACAAUUAUCCUCGAGGCAGUGGCAUCUUAUGAUUUGUGGAUAUGGCAUGCUUUUUUUGGCAUGCCCGGAACAUUGAACGAUAUUAAUGUAUUAGACAGGUCACCAAUUUUUGACGACAUUGAGUCUGGUGAAGCUCCUACUGUGAACUUCACUGUGAAUGGUCGACAAUACAAUCUUGCCUACUAUCUUGCUGAUGGAAUCUAUCCUAAAUGGCCCGUCUUUGUCCAAUCAAUUCAAAUGCCCCAAGGAGACAAAGCGCAGUUGUUUGCAAAACAACAAGAAGCAUGCAGGAAAGAUGUAGAACGUGCAUUUGGGGUACUCCAAGCACGGUUUGCUAUUAUUCGCCAACCAGCUAGGAUAUGGAAUAUUGAUGUCCUAGGUAAAAUAAUGAGGGCAUGCAUAAUUUUACAUAAUAUGAUUGUGGAGGAUGAACGAGAUUCGUAUUCACGAAAUUGGGAAAAUAUCGACUUCGAACUUUCGAAUAAUUCCGGGUCUAGUUCCUCAGGUAAUGUCCAAAGAGAAGUGCUACCUCAAUUUCAAGUGCAUGUUGAAGGCCGAUCUGAAUCAAAUAUUCAUACUAGGGCCGAUCUACGUGACAAAGCACAACAUAUUCAAUUGAAGAAAGAUCUUGUCAUGCACAUUUGGAAUAAAUUUGGAACAACUCUCGAUUAG